AUGCCUGCUCCCGUCAUUCCUCCCGGCAAAACUUGGCUCGAUACCUUGCAGAAGUCAUUUGUUGACGUACCUGUCGAUGCUGCCAACGACAAUGCCAUAACCACCAAAGACUUCCUGGACGCUACGGAGUCCUUUACAACUCUCUUUGAUGUACUUGCUGUCACGGCUUUCAGCGCAGUAAAGAGCGACCUUCUUGGAAAUGUCAAGAAMCUCCGCGAGCGUUAUAAUGCUGCCCCCGCCGAAUCCGAGACGUUGCAAGCCCUCGUUUUGAACGAACUGAAGACAAAGAAACACACUGCUACCGAAGGUCUUUUGUGGCUUKUUCGUGGACUUGAAUUCACCGGUGAAGCCAUCCGCGACUCUCUCGAUACCCCUAAUAAGGAAUUGGUUGACUCUUUCCGUGCGGCAUACGGAAACACUUUGAAGCCUCAUCACUCCUUUGUGAUAAAGCCGAUUUUCAAUGCUGCUCUCUCUGCCACUCCAUAUCGCAAGGACUUUUUUGAUAAGCUAGGUUUCGAUGCUAGCGCAGAACCUGAACCUGCCUUGAAGGAAUAUGUCUCUGCUCUACAAAAUCAAGUUAAGAUCUUGAAAGAUUUCCAAUCCCGCAAGGAGGCCCAGCCCAAGCUUGUCGCAGACUCUCAGAUCGAGAGUGCCUCUUUGCACCACCCCCUUCCGGUUUUCCUUCACACCUACGUGUGGCCGUUCCUCAUCGCCUGGCCUAUCUUCUUUGCGUUCUAUCUAAACCCCACUUCAUAUGAUACCUACAUUCAGGGACAAGAAUGGACUUGGGUGUACUCAGGAUCGAUAAUCACGCUACAAUCAUUGUUCUGGUUGAUGACCAAGUGGAGUGUCAAUUUGAACACCCUAUUUACAACAACACCUGCGUCGGAAGUUGAGAUUGCUCAAUUGAUCAAAGUUAUCCCCAUCACCAACGCCGGCGCCCCCGAAAUUUGCCAGUUGCUCCGUGACAAUACGCGUGGAAAAGAGACAACUUCAUUUUUAUUCCAGAAACGACGAUUUCUUUGGUACCCCGAGGAAGGAAAAUUUGCGCCGUUGUCUUAUGCCCUGGAUGAAGAACCGAAGCCUGCUAUCAAGUCGUUCCAAAAAUCCCGCGGUCUUCAAAGCAAGUCUGAGAUUGAGCGCAUUCAACAUCACUAUGGCGACAACACGUUUGACAUACCGGUACCAACAUUCGUCGAGUUGUUUCAGGAACAUGCGGUUGCGCCAUUCUUCGUUUUCCAGGUGUUCUGUGUUGGUCUUUGGAUGCUAGACGAAUACUGGUAUUACUCUCUCUUCACCCUCUUCAUGCUGGUCACCUUUGAGAGCACUGUCGUCUGGCAACGCCAGAGGACUUUGAACGAAUUCCGUGGCAUGAGCAUCAAGCCAUACGACAUCUGGGUCUUCAGAGAGAACAAGUGGCAAGAAAUUACUAGCGAUAAAGUGCUCCCUGGCGAUCUCGUAUCAGUGAAUCGCACAAAAGAAGACGGCGGAGUUGCUUGCGAUAUCCUGCUCAUCGAAGGCAGCGCAAUUGUGAACGAAGCAAUGUUAUCCGGCGAGAGUACCCCAUUGCUGAAAGAUUCUAUCCAGCUUCGUUCUGGCGAUGAUCUCAUUGAGCCUGACGGACUCGAUAAGAACUCUUUCGUUCACGGUGGAACAAAGGUCUUACAAAUCACUCACCCGAACCUCGGUGAUCUGUCCGAGAAAGCUGCCAGUGCUGUUUCCGGAGUGCCCAAGCCACCCGACAAUGGUGCGCUAGGUAUUGUCGUAAAGACUGGAUUUGAAACUAGCCAAGGAAGUCUUGUUCGUACAAUGAUUUACUCCACGGAACGUGUCUCUGCGAAUAACGCCGAAGCACUGCUGUUUAUUUUGUUCCUCCUUAUCUUCGCCAUCGCUGCCGCUUGGUAUGUGUGGCAGGAAGGUGUUGAAAAGGACCGGAAGCGCUCCAAGCUCAUGCUCGAUUGUGUCCUGAUUAUCACAAGUGUCGUCCCACCAGAACUUCCUAUGGAACUUAGUUUGGCUGUGAAUACCAGUUUGGCUGCUUUGAGCAAGUUUGCCAUCUUCUGCACAGAACCUUUCCGUAUUCCUUUCGCUGGACGAGUUGAUAUCGCAUGCUUUGACAAGACCGGAACACUUACUGGAGAAGAUCUUCUCGUCGAUGGUAUCGCAGGCUUGACAUUGGGUCAGACUGGAGCCAAGGUUGACAAGGAUGGCGCUCACACUGGAUUGAUCAAGGUUGCUGAGGUCGGCAACGAAACCACACUUGUUCUCGCUACUGCACAUGCGCUUGUCAAACUCGAAGAAGGUGAAAUUGUUGGUGAUCCUAUGGAAAAAGCUACUUUGUCCUCUUUGGGCUGGGUUUUAGGUAAAGAUGACGUUCUUUCCAACAAGGCUACAGGGUCUCAAGGAUCGGAAUCGGUUCAGAUUAAGAGACGCUUCCAGUUCUCCUCGGCCCUCAAGCGUCAAAGCUCGAUUGCUCAUGUUACGACUACCGAUAAGGCUUCCGGCAAGAGACACAAAGCUACAUUUGUUGGUGUAAAGGGCGCUCCUGAAACUAUUCGCACUAUGCUCGUCCAUACUCCUCCGCAGUACGAAGAGACUUUCAAGUAUUUCACCAGAAACGGAGCUCGUGUGCUUGCACUUGCCUACAAGUACUUAUCUACCGACGCCGAUUUGGGUCAAGGUCGUAUCAACAACUACUCGCGCGAGGAUAUCGAAUCCGGUCUUCACUUUGCCGGUUUUCUUGUCCUUCAAUGCCCAUUGAAAGAUGACGCCAUCAAAGCUGUUCGCAUGCUCAAUGAAAGUAGUCAUCGUGUGGUCAUGAUUACUGGAGAUAACCCUCUUACUGCUGUUCAUGUCGCCCGUCAAGUGGAGAUCGUUGACCGUGAGGUAUUGAUUCUUGACGCCCCUGAAAACGACAAUUCAGGAAACAGACUUGUAUGGCGCAGCACCGAUGACAAAAUCAAUAUUGAAGUGAAUCCCGCGCAUCCUCUCGAUCGCGACAUCCUGCAAACCAAGGAUCUUUGCGUUACUGGAUAUGCAUUGGCUAAAUUCAAGGAUCUCCCUGCUUUCUCCGAUCUUCUGCGUUAUACUUGGGUAUAUGCUCGUGUUUCCCCAAAACAGAAGGAAGACAUUCUUUUGGGUAUGAAAGCUGCUGGAUACACGACUCUCAUGUGUGGUGAUGGUACCAACGAUGUCGGAGCACUCAAACAGGCUCACGUUGGUGUUGCACUUUUGAACGGAAGCCCCGAAGAUCUUACAAAGAUUGCAGAACAUGCGCGCAACACCAAGAUGAAAGAGUUGUACGAGAAGCAGGUUCAGAUGAUGGCACGAUUCAAUCAGCCUGCACCUCCUAUUCCCGUCCACAUUGCUCAUUUAUAUCCUCCUGGUCCUACUAACCCACACUACCAAAAGGCUAUUGAACGCGAAGCACAAAAGAAGGGCCAACCCGUGCCACCUGUUACGGGAGCCGUUGCAGCUCCGACAGCUCCUGCUCAGCAAGCACUCACUCCUCAGCAACUACGUCAAUCACAAGCUCAGGCUACUGCCGCCGGACUCGCCGACAAAUUGACUACUUCUAUGCUCGAGUCAGAGCUAGACGACGAACCGCCUACCUUGAAACUUGGAGAUGCAUCAGUUGCCGCUCCUUUCACUAGCAAGCUUGCGCACGUUAUGGCUAUUCCCAACAUCCUUCGUCAAGGUCGUUGUACUCUCGUUGCCACCAUUCAAAUGUACAAGAUUCUUGCUUUGAACUGUUUGAUUAGCGCAUACAGCCUGAGUGUCAUCUACUUAGAUGGAAUCAAGUUCGGCGAUGGACAAGUUACCAUCAGUGGAAUGCUAAUGAGUGUCUGCUUCUUGUCGAUUUCUCGGGCCAAGUCCGUCGAAGGUCUUUCCAAAGAACGUCCUCAGCCGAACAUUUUCAACCCAUACAUCAUUGGUUCCGUGCUUGGACAAUUCGCCAUCCACAUCGCUACUUUGAUAUAUCUUUCCAACUAUGUUGCUAAGAUUGACCCACCGAGCGGUGAUGUCGACUUGGAAGGAGAAUUCGAGCCCUCUCUUCUUAACAGUGCUGUCUAUCUUCUCCAACUUAUUCAGCAAAUCUCGACCUUCUCAAUCAACUACCAAGGCCGUCCUUUCCGUGAAUCCAUCCGCGAAAACCGGGCAAUGUACUGGGGUCUUGUCGGCGCAUCGGGCGUCGCCUUCUCCUGCGCCACAGAAUUCAUCCCCGAAAUCAACGAAAAGUUGCGCCUGGUGCCAUUUACCGAAGAAUUCAAGAUCACGCUUUGCGUCCUCAUGAUCCUCGAUUAUGGCGGUUGCUAUAUCGUUGAGAAUGUGCUUAAACAGUUGUUCAGCGACUUCCGUCCCAAGGAUAUUGCUGUUCGUCGCCCGGAUCAGCUGGAACGCGAACAGGCGAGGAAGUUGGAGGAGCAGGCUGAGGCGCAAGCUGAGGCGGAGAAGAAUCGCAAAGUCUAA